AUGCCCAAUGACACCAUUAUCAGCGUUGUUUCUCCAAACAUAGAGAAUCCUGAAUACAUUUUCAUCUUUGAACAGAAGCGAGAGAGAGAAGUGAACACUGAUGAAAGCUGCAGUUUUCAGGCUGUUGCAAACCACCUGAACCUAACCAAAGACAAUCAGAAGUACACUCUGAGCAGACCUGUUAAACAUCACAGACAUCUUACAUGGAUAUUCCUUGAAAUGAAACUUUUUGCCAUCCUAGAUGUGAGAGAAAGUGACCAGACCUUUAUUUCUUACAUUUGGGUUUAUUUGAGAUGGGACAAUGAACACAUUUGGUGGGAUCCACAUCAAUUCUGUGGUCUUGAUCACAUUUUAGUUCCUACGGGGCUUUUCUGGAUGCCAGAUCUGACUAUUGAAGAGAUGACAGAGAGCGACAAAGCUGCUCUGAGUCCUUAUCUCAACAUUAGGAGUUACGGCUGGGUUGAAUUUAGGAAUGACCAGGUAGUGCUAAGCACUUGCAAGAUGCAUGUUUACAAAUUCCCCUUUGAUAUUCAACACUGCAACCUCUCCUUCAAGUCUAUCAUGCACUCUGAUCAAGAAAUUCUGUUAUUCUACCAGGAAAACAGUACCUUGAUCUCACAGUGGUCUCGUGAAGUGAUGCAGACGCAGUACGAGUGGCUGUUCAUCAACAUGUCAGUCACUAAGAAAACUGUUAACCAUUUUGGCUUCAACCAAACUACAAUUGUUUACACUAUUACCAUGAAGAGGAGGUCUGUACUCUACAUUGCCAAUUUCUUGCUGCCGGUCCUCUUCUUCUUGUUUCUGGACUUGGCUUCCUUCCUGAUAUCAGACAGCGGGGGCGAGAAACUCGGCUUCAAGAUCACUGUCCUGCUCGCUGUCACAGUGAUGCAGCUCAUUCUCAAUGAGAUUCUGCCCAGCUCUUCAAACAAGAUUCCACUGAUAGCAAUCUACUGCAUUGGGAUUUUUGCUCUGAUGCUGCUCAGCCUCCUGGAGACAAUUUUGGUGAUGUAUCUGAUCGAAAAAGACUCUGCAGCCCAACACAAUGAGACAAGUGGAGAUCGAAGCCUGGCUGAGAACUGUGGAGACAAACAGGACAAAACCAACUUCCACAGUUGUAUAAGAGAUAUGAAGAAAUUAAUUUACUGUGCACCUGACUAUGGUGAUUCUUCUGAUGAAGUACCAUCUGUGACCAAAGAGGAUAGUAGCAACAAACUGAUGGUGUCCUUUGAUGUGGAAAAGACCUCAGAUGAGCUGCAGAAGAUUGAGAAAACAAUUGAUCUACUCAACAGCAACAGGAGUGAAGAGAAGUGUGGCUACUGGACCAGAAUGGUUAAAGUCAUCAACAGGGUUUUCUUAAUUAUUUAUAUCAUAGCAGUCAUUCUGUUUUUAGGAAUUAUGUUUUCACUGUGGACCGCUGCCAAAGACUUUUAG